AUGUUACAAACGUGUAUGACGUCGUUCCAGUCUGCUAUAGAGUUCUCCGCAACGUAUCAAAGAGGUCAUACAGUGCGCGUACAGCAAACCGGUAGACGACGUAAACAAACAAUAAGUUUACUCACUCUGAUAAAUAAUUUUGUGCGAGGACACGUGUACAUUACGAAAAUGACCUUCAUCAAGAUAACGUUGGCACUCGCCCUUUUCUUAGUCGUUGUGAAUGCUCAAAGGCCAUCCUUCGCUGGACAAAAACCAAUUGGAUAUCCAGAUAUGGAAUCAGAUCUCCUUUCCAAUAGAUUUGGUGAAGAUGAGGACCUACCAAUUGAAGCUAAAGGUGAUAGGGGUCUCAUCGAUCGGUUGAACAAACUGCCAGUUGAAAAUCAACCUUUUUGGUUUUUGAACUGGAAACAAUAUGAAGACUUUAGACGCCAACCUCAGAACUGGCCACAAAGAGAAAAUUCUUUCAUUGUACACGUGUAUAUUACGAAAAUGGCUUUCAGCAAGACUACAAUAGCACUCGUCAUCUUAACAGUCGUUGUGAAUGCUCAAAGACCAUCCUUCGCCGGACUGAAACCAAUUGGGUAUCCAGACAUAGAAACAGAUCUUCUUUCCAGUAGAUUCGGUGAAGAUGAAGAUUUACCGAUUGAAGCCAAAGGUGAUAGAGGUCUUAUUAAUCGAUUAAAUCAACUGCCAAUUGAAAACAGACCUUUUUGGUAUCUGAACUGGAAACAAUAUGAAGACUUGAGACGUAAACCCCAGAACUGGCCACAAAGACCGAAUUCUUUCAUUGGUACAAAAUAA